CGUGGAGAGACUGAAGAAAGUGAUAUGGAGGCGAGGGGCGGUGGGAAAGAGGGAGAUCUUGUGGAGUCGUUUUGCGGAAUCACUUCCUCCUCGCGCGAAGAAGCCAUCUUCUUCCUCGAGAGCCACGGCUGGCUUCUCGAAUCUGCUCUCCACUCCUACUUCGAGAACAGCGCCGGAGGAGAAGUCGAGCCUUUUGAACAGGAGCCGAGCCUCCCCAGAACCUUAUUAACCACCGAUUCCCGUGCCCUAGCAGCCCCCGCCUCUUCGGAGCCUCAAGAUCCUUUGUUAAGGGAACGAUCGCCUGCCUCCAUGAGCAGCCCGAGCGAUAAGAAGCCGGAAAGCAGGCCGUCGGGCAGCGGCCCCGGUAUACGCACGCUCGCGGAUCUUAAUCGCAGGAGUUCCGGCCGAGGAUCCGGGAGCGACUCUGAUGAGCCGCAGGAGUACUACACGGGCGGUGAGAAGAGUGGAAUGCUUGUUCAAGAUCCUACCAGUGGUAACCAUGAUUUAGAGUCAUUAUUUGAACAAGCUAGGCAAAUGGGAGCCUUGCAAGGACCACUCGAAAAUAAUCUUUCUUCAAGCUCAAGGAAUUUUACUGGUACUGGUAGACUUCUAUCAGGUGAAACUGUGCCGUCUGCUGCCCAACCACCUGAGAAUGUUGUUCAUAAUAUUUACUUUUGGAGCAAUGGUUUCACCGUUGAUGAUGGUCCCUUGAGGAGGUUUAAUGAUCCUGCAAAUGCAUCAUUUUUAGAGGAUGUCUCUCUCACCAUUGGGGAAGCUGGCCUAGCUAAUUCUGUCGUGAUUCAGAAAUUCUAAGUCAUUUUGGUUUGUAAUUCUGAAAAUAAUUGUUUUAUGAGACUCGAAUUUAUUCUACAAUGUUGCGUUUAUUUUGCUGAAAACUCUUGUUUUUCAGUGCUUUCUAUGGUGAAAAAAUGGAAUUGAAAUAUGCUAUCAUGUUGUUAUUUGUU